AUGUCUGGCAGAGGUAAAGGCGGAAAGGGUCUCGGGAAAGGCGGCGCUAAACGGCACAGGAAGGUCCUGCGUGACAACAUCCAGGGCAUUACCAAGCCUGCAAUUCGCCGCCUGGCUCGCAGGGGUGGAGUGAAACGUAUCUCCGGUCUCAUCUACGAAGAAACUCGCGGGGUGCUGAAGGUCUUCCUGGAGAAUGUUAUCCGGGACGCCGUCACCUACACCGAGCAUGCCAAGAGGAAGACUGACCGCCAUGGACGUAGUCUAUGCCCUCAAACGCCAGGGCCGCACUCUCUAUGGCUUCGGAGGGUAAUACCCUGA